CGUUUCGUCAUUCUGUGUUUAUCGUCGUCCUGCGUCUUACUAUCCGCGCGUGUUGUCGGUAAACACCAGAUUAAUAAAUUGACAUACACAAUUGUCCUUUUUUCCUCUCUACCGUUCAACUUGCUCGCCACUUGGCCAAGUCACACGGCAUUCCUGAUAGUUUAAAGUUGUACGUUGCAUUCGUUUUUCAACCCACAACGGACGACUGAAAAAGACGCCUUACACGCACUACACGUACGUCUGUGACAUUCGAUUACUCGUCGUCGACCGCUACGCUUCUGUCGUUGCUGGUGAUUUCCUCGUCUUGUCAAAACUCGUCAAGAAACUCAAUCUACCAAUCUACGGCAUAUCAAACUGGUGAUCAACUUGCCAAUUGCCCAUAAAACUUGAAAACCUUAAAGUGGAAAUACUUACCUGGCCCUAUAACAGUGAUAAAAUGAGUUAUGUAUUUGCAGUAAACACUUUCAAUUUAGAAGACAUCACAGAAUUGACUACUGAGUACCCUGAAUUAUCUGGAGAUGAAGAAACUUUUUACUUUAAAAUUGUCGAAGAAGAAGAAGCAGAAGAAGCAGAAGAAGAAGAAGAAGAAGCAGAAGAAGCAGAAGAAGUAGAAGUAGAAGAAGAAGGCACAGAAGAAACAUCUGAUAGUAACCCUACUCCAACAAUAGAUGAAGAAAUAGUUUAUUCAACUGAUAUAACAUCCUUUCAUCAGAUAAACUUAGUCGAUGUUAUUAAAUCAAUUGUUGAAGAUAAUGAAGUAUCAGAUGUCGAAAGUCUAUCCGAAGAAAUGAUUGACAGUGAAAAUCAAAAUUCUAAUAUUCCUCUAGAUCAGAAUCAGAAAGAAAGUACUAAAAAUAUGGAUAGUGUGAUACAAAAUAACAUUUAUAAUAUCAGUUCUGAUUCAGAUGAAAAUACAGAACAGAUUUCUCCAAUAGUAAAUUUAAAGGCCGUACGUUUUAUAAAAAAUCAAAAGAGAGCGUUUCCUACCUACUACCAGACAGAAAUAUAUACUAAUUUGAUACAGUUUUUAAGUUACAAAACGGAAAGCGAUGUUGUGAAUUCCCUUAUAGAAAACACCAAUGGGUAUCUGUUAAAAGUAAAAGAUUUAAUGACUUUACUAACGCCGAAAACCUGGCUGAACGAUUCUGUGAUUCAAAAUUAUAUCUCACUGUUGAUGAAUUACUGUGAUAAAACAAAGGAAAUGAAUACAGAUUUUUUAACUUCUUAUAAAGAAUUUGGGUAUAAUUCUGUUUAUAGAUGGUUCAAAAACAUAGAUUUGAAUAAUGUCAAUAGACUUGUAGUUCCCAUAAACCCUGGUAAUAUUCACUGGGCUUUAUUUGUGAUUGAAAUUUGGGAGGGCAAAAUAUAUUGUUUCGAUAGUUAUAAAGAACAUUCUUUUAUGAAAGAGUUGACAUUAAUAACUGCAUUUUUAAAUCGGGCAAUCAUUGACUACAUCAAUUGUUCAGGUGUACAGAGGACUGUGCCUAAAGAUUGGAAAUAUAUUGAUGGGAAUUCUCCCAAACAAACAAAUACAUAUGAUUGUGGUGUAUUUACAUGUAUGAAUGCUCGGUAUUUUCUAUUAAAUACACCACUCUCAGUGAAAUUCACUCAGCAAAAUAUGCCCAUUUUACGACAAAUAAUUUCGUGGGAACUUAUUAACAGCACCCUUGAACCUUUUUAACUGAUAAAUAUUUUAAUAAUCUUUAUUGUCAAAACACUAUAUUGUAUAUUGUUAUAUAAUGUAUAUUUCAAUUGUUGAAACAUAAUUAUGAUUAUUAAUUUUGUACCCGGUAAGUGAAUUACAAGCCAGGGUAAUAAUUGUUUUUUUUUUUUACUUUUGUAUAAAUAAUAUAUAUACGUAUAAAUCUCCAGCAACAUCAAACGAACUCAGUAUUCUAAUUGUUUGUGAUGUCAUAUUGUAAUAUUAUAACGUUGAUUGUGUUUAUAUUUAAAACUGAACUGUCGGUAGAAGACGAUGAUGCAAUUUUGGUUUUGCUAUAUAUUCAAAGGGUCGUAGGCUUAAGACUGUCACCGACGUAACAUAUGAGACUGAAAAAUAUCAGUAAUACACCAGAUGUAUGAUGUUUUUUAGCCUGGAGACACUUAUCAUCACUACCUAAUUGAACUUACUUACAAUAUCAGCCGUGUGAACUAAAAACUGUGAAACAAACUUCACAAAAUUCUUUGACACUUGGCGUGUGUUAACUGCCUUUUAAUAAUCUUGUCCAAUACAUGUGGUAUAAUAAUAAAAUAAAAUAUUUUAUUUUAUAAUUUCUAAUAUGGUCUAUACUCCACUUCAAACGAUUAUGUCAAUUUUGAUGUUUAAAAAAUCGACAACUUAACAUUUUAUCCUUGUAGUAUACUGAUGGUUACACUAUCUGUGGUGAGAUGUUUUUUUAACUGUAUCAUUUUUAUAUAAUCAUAUAUUAGGUUUUUAAGUACUUUUGUGUUUUUUUUUAUUUCAAAAUUGUAUUUUUAUAUUGUUGGUUUGUUACACAUCAAUUGUAUUUACCAUUAAUAUUAUUUAGUUAUAAAUAUUGAAUAAAAUGCAAUAGAAAUCAAAAAAAUUUUUAUUAUUUGUAUGGAAAAUAAUAAGGUAUGUUAGUAGUAGUAGUAGUAGUAGUGUUAAUAUCUUAUGACAUUAUGUUUAUAAUUAAAAUUAAAAUUUAUCAUUUAUAAUAUCUUAUUAUUUAUAUUAUCAUUUGAUUGCUAAAAAUAUGUUUGUAUGUUGUACUUUCUAUAAUAUUAAUGUGUAGUUUUAAUUCAGAAUAAAAUAAAGAAAAUCACGC